AUGCACUCGCGAGAGAAGGAUAGGGUCUUGCGCCAGUUCAGCGACGGUGACCUGGACGUGCUGGUUACCACCGCAGUUGUUGAGGUGGGCAUUGACGUGCCCAAUGCCACGAUCAUGCUUAUCGAGGGGGCGGAGCGUUUCGGGUUGGCCCAGCUGCACCAGUUCAGGGGACGGGUGGGCCGAGGAGAGCACAGGAGCUACUGUUUCCUGCUAUCCUCCGACACCCAGAGCGUGGCGGCAAAGGAACGGCUUUCAGCGCUGGAGCACACGAAUGACGGGUUCGAGCUGGCCGAAAUAGAUCUGCAGCUGCGAGGGCCGGGCGACUUUUUCGGCACCCGCCAGAGCGGGCUGCCCUCACUGAGAAUGGCGCAGUUCUCCGAUCGGGCGCUGCUGGAGUCUGCGCGGGAACUGGCCACGCGAAUCGCUUCCGAGGACCCCAAGCUCGAGGCUCCUGAGCAUUCCGCCCUGGCUGCACAGGUGGCCCGUUUCGUUGAGCGCGCCGCCGCCGUGGCUGAUUGA